AUGAGACGAACCACCGACUCUGGCAGCGUCCGUCGCCGGAAACGUGCCAUGCUGGCUUGUCAGGCAUGUCACUUGAGAAAAGUACGAUGCAAUGUCACUCAAUCUGGACCUCCUUGCAUAAACUGUGCUGGAGAUGGUGUAAACUGUGAGCUGGUCGCUCGCGGCAGGGGCGGUCGUCGCCAUCGCCUGGUUGACAUUGUGGCUCAGAAGUCGCAGGAUACUGCAGCCCCUAUUCAGCCAAACCGGGAGGAGAACCGUCUAAGUCUAGUUCCUUGUGAAUUUUCAGCUUUACCAUCCAGCUCACAUGCUCCACCAACCCCAGAAGAGUCGGAGUUUCAGCCAUGUCAAGUAGUCGAUGGCGAACGCCUGAUGACAGCUGCCUCAACCACUGAUUCACCGACCGAGCGUUCCCAUGGUAGGAAGAAUGAUGCGGAACCUCGAGAUGUUGAUACCGGCUUUGACUGUAUAUUGGACGAUGGAGAUGGUGAAGAGGCUACAGCCUGCGUCUAUACUGGCGAUCAGCAGGGGUUGGGUCUUGUCGUUGAUAUCUUAGCUAGCCCCCUGGUUUCGGAUGACUCGGCCGUCCUUCAUGCCAAAGAAUGCUUUUCUCUCCCCAAUGCAAGUGCGUUCUUUCGGCAGUACGAGUCAGGGCCGAGAAAUGUCAGUCUCCUCCUACUAUGGAGUAUGUUCUUUGCAUCGAUCAAUUUUCUCGACAAAGAAUCAGUGAGCCUCGCAGGAUACUCUUCGCGUAAGUCCAUGAAACGGUCUCUUUAUCGACGUGCGAAGGCCCUUUACGACGCAGAUUAUGAGAAAGACAAGAUUCCCCUUAUACAGUCUGUUCUUCUGCUUGCCUUCUGGUAUGCUGAUUCAGAAGAUCGCGAUGGCUCAUGGCAUUGGGUUGGCAUCGGCAUUAGCCUAUGCCAAACCAUUGGCCUUCACCGAAACCCAUUGAAUGAGCGGGCUGGUCUUGGACGAAACUUUAUACUGAGAAAGAAGACGUUCAGCGACGACCGAUGCCGUCUAUGGAGACUCAUCUGGUGGAUGUACUACUUUCGUGAUACGUGGCUCUCCUUCGGGAUGGGUAGGCCGACAAGGAUUAACCUCGAUGACUGUGACACUCCAAUUCCUACGCCUUCAGACGUAGAAGCGCUCUGCACAGGCCUAUCUCGCCAACAGGAGGAGAAAUAUUUUCCAAAGGAUCCAAAACAUAUGCUUCCGCGAGUGUGGGCUUGUCUAUUGGAUACAACCUUUGCCCUUGGGGCAGUUCUGAAUCACCACUACAGAGCAAAGCCUCUGGAAUUGGAUCCCAGCACUGCAUUUGCACUUGAUGAGAAUCAGCUUCGGCAAUGCAGAGCAGGCUUUCCGACUGAGGAAGCCUGCCAAGGCCCCGUUGUUCUCUUACACUUGUAUCAUCUUCAUGUCUACUAUGAAGCCUGCGUAAUAGCUCUACAUCGACCAUAUAUGGUGGAGCGACCAGGAACACACGUUACGCCGGGUGAGGCUUGGAAAGUUGAAGCGCUGCAAAAGGCCAAGAUUGCUGCCUCGAAUAUCAACAGCACACUCAACAAAAUAAGCGCCGCUCAAAUGAUAAGCAGCUGUCACUCCAUGAUGGUGACGGCAAUGAUUCCGGCACUUCAAGUUCAUCUGCUACAAUCCAUAUCUGAGGAUCCAUUUGCAAAAUGCCUUGCGAGAAACCACUUGAAUAUUUGCAUGAUUAUGCUAAAAGAACUUCGACAGACUUAUUGGGCUGCGGAUUUCAUUCACUCUCUGUUUUCCAAGGCAAGAAAGCAGAUAGAUUCUCUGAAAACAGCGCAAGAGGAUUUAGUUACAAGUAGAGACCAAGGGUCUUCUGAACAAGAAACGCCAAUGACGCCUCCAUCAGUAGCAUCAUUUAUGAACGUGAACUCGAUCCGAGCAGCAACGUCACGGACCAGUCUUCCAGCAUCUGCUAGUUUACAUCCGAUCCAGGACAACAGUUUCGAAAACAAUGUUCCCCUUGACGUUGAUUUGGCACUGUCAUAUGAUAUUUUCCCCUUCCAAUUUGACCUUUUCUCUAUUGAUGGGGACUUGGAGAACCCGGCCUUCCAUUCGCCUUCCUCUAGGCAUGUGAUUAGCGAAGGGGCUCCAAGUUUUGAACUGUCAGAUGUAGAUGUGAGUGUAUUUCUUGGCAAUGAGGAUCCAAGCUAG